AUAGCUUUUGUUUCGACAUAGUGUCACAACAUCUUGACGCCGCAUCAAAGCCGGUUGGUGUUCGAAGACUCUUCCCAAACCAGCUGCUACACCUACACCCCAGCGGAGCAGUUUAAAACCUUUCGCUAUGGCCUACCUCAACGCCGUGAACCUGCACGCGCUUCCGGUGAACAACCAAUCGCGAUCGCCCGAGCCGGCGUCCGUCGUUUUCUGCCACGGCCCGGAGUGGACGUGGCGCUACCAGAGAAACCAGAAGCAGGACCGUCUGGACAACCGCUUCAUGUACCAGGACCAGGGGCCCCCCAUGUACCGCCUGCUGGGCCCCCCACUUCACGGUGCAUUCUUUGCCCCCCGAAGACGGACUUCCACACGCAGACGCAAUCGUUCCAUUUCGAGCCGUCUGCUGAUGUUUACCCCAGUUACAAAAACGGGAACGCGAUCUUCCCACCCGGCGCCCCACCCGCCCAGACGGCUAUGUUUGACGGUCUCAGAUCUAGCCCUGGGCGAGACAUUCGGACGGCCACGACUGACAUGGCCAAUCAGAGAGGUGACAGUUACCUGGCCUGGGACAAGUACCGUUACCUACCUGGUCCGCCAUCUGAGACACAGAUCUACAGGCAGCUGUAGUUUACCUGGGGUGUACAGCAUCAGCUUUUGAAUCAUCCAGUUCUACAAACAACAUACUGAACCAAACCAUACGACUGAAGAUCAUUCAGCGCUGUAAAAACGUUGACAACAUUCACCGACUGAACGAUACUUUGAUGUUUUGUUAUCACGACAGCUUAUUCAUUGUAUUGUAUAACAGAUGUUAAUAAAAUGCUACUAAACAAAGUA